AUCCAGAGCUCAUUCCAGCAGGUAGGAAUACCUUCCCGGGCUGCCCUUAGGCUUCUUUUGAUGGCAACUAACGGCAUAUAUAGGUUCUGCAAGGCUAUAAAAACUUGAUACCCAACUUUGAUUCGUUCCUCACCCAGCUUCCGGCUCAUGUUGCUCAGAAACUUCGUUCUGUAUACCAAAUUUAGACUAUGUCGGCAUUGCUAGUGUUCAACGAGGGCAAAACACUUGGCGAAAGGCGCAUUAAAAUUGCAUUGCAUUUUUAUCUCUUCACCCUUUUCCCUCAUACUUCUUUCUCUCUCUCUCUCUUUUUAAUCUACCUAUUGAUGUCCCUUUCACCUUUCUCGCCGAUGUUUCGAAACUAUUGGAUGGAGUGAGCAACGGCCUUUCUUUUUCUUUUACUUCUUGAUCACCUCUUUGUUUUCCACCCAUGGCGUGCUGUUUUCUUUCGUGGUGACAAUUUUAUGUCUGGGCCUACACAGAGUGAGAUCUAAUGGGCCUGUACAAACGACGAUGAGCCUGGGAUAGCGUUAUCCAAGGACUAUAUACCGGAAGGUGGAGGAAUGGACAAUGAUGACAUGCAUAAUGGACUGACUAGGCGGAUGAGUUCUGUGUACCAUUUGGUUGAUAGAAUAUAACUAUAGUAAAUGAACGUAGC